ACAACAUACGAAAGUGCGUCGCUUUUGCGUUCGAAUGCCAUCCCUUUCUUCCUAUCGGAAAGCAGCAUUCUCUACCCGUCUGUCGUUCCUCUUUGUCGACCCUUUCAGCUUUGGCGCGCGCUGCCAUCAGUCGGUCCUUUCCGCAUCAUCAAGAGAGACCAGCCAAGCUCCUGUGGCAGUUUUCCUUUACCUUGUUCUGUGGACGUCACCUUUUUCCCUUCCCCUACCAUGGAGCUCAUCUACGACUCGACGCCUGCGGCUCUCGCCACCGUCCUCUUGGCUCGCUAUGUUCAGCCGUGUCUCCUCCAGCGACAGCCGCCGCUCUCUCUGUCCCUCUGCUUUCUCGGCAAUGAGGCGAAGGCGUACCUGAAAGCCCAAGAGGCGGAGCUUCCCGUGCUCCUGGCUGCCAAAGAAGGCGCGGGAGCAGAGCCGGCGUUUCCUCCCCUUCGCGAACCUGCGACGAUUCUGAGGCGCCUGGCCACGGAGGCGGCCGUCACACCCGCGUCUGGGAAGAGCUCGUCUGCCGGAGCUCUCUUGCUCGGUGGCGAAUCUGACGUUGAACAGGCACAAGUAUCGCAGUGGCUGUCCUUCUGCUGCGAGAACAACUUCGCGAUUCGCGGUGCUUCGCUCUUCCAGCAUCUCCACAGUCACCUGGCUACGCGCACUUUCUUCUGUGGAGACCGUCUCACCAUCGCAGAUUUCGCCGUCUUCGUUUCCUGCUAUGCCUGGAUGGCCUCUUCUUCUCAGAAAGAACGUGUCCUCUACUGCAAUUUAACCCGAUGGAUGGACUACAUUCAACACCUUCCGGGCGUCAUGAACGCUGUCGAGCAGCUUCCGCUUUUGAGCCUUCUUCCUCCGCCUCAGCCUGUUGCAGCGCCGCCGACCGACUCAGCUGCUGCUUCUACGCAGGCCUUGGCGAAGCAGCAGGCUGCUUCUGGAAGCAAGCAGGGAAAGAAGAAAUCUGGAGAACUGCACGUGAACGGCGACUGCAGGCCAAACGGUGAUGUUCCUAAGAGUCAGAAGAAAGAAGAGAAGGGGGACAAAGGUGCAGGUGGAGAUCACAAGAAAGUCAGUGGACGAGCAAAACAGAGCACACCCGGUUCGUCGAAAGGUGGAGCGCCUGGUGCAGACUCCUCGCGCCCCGUAGAGGACGUGACACGUCUCUGCAUGGUUGUGGGUCAGGUGAAGAAAGUCUGGAGACACCCUGAAGCAGACAAGCUGUUCUGCGAAGAAGUCGAUAUUGGUGAGCCACAGGUGCGCAUGAUCGCCUCAGGCCUUGUUCCUUACAUGAAGGCGGAGGAGCUAGAAGGUCAGAAAGUGAUUGUUUUGGCUAACAUGAAACCGAAGAAUCUCAGAGGAUUCCCCUCUCAUGGGAUGCUCGUUUGCGCCACAAGCAAGGAUCACUCGAAAUGUGAAUUGAUGCGGCCUCCCCCGGACACACCGAUUGGGGAAAGGCUCACCUUUGAAGGCCUUCAGGGUGAACCUGAUCCGGUCAUGAACACCAAAGAAGGGAAGUACCCUUUUGCUGCUGUUCAACCGCAUUUCUAUACUGAUGACAAUCGCGUCGGAAUGUACAAGACUCACAGGUUCAUGACAAAACAAGGACCAGUCUUCUGUGACUCUAUCGUCGGAGGCACCAUCUCUUAAUCAAUGGACUAACUUGUUGCUUCCAGCGCUUUUACCUCUACCACAACACGAAGCCGACUCACAGCUGCUCUUGUUAACAAAUGUCGUUCCCACAGUGGAGACUGACUUCGGUAAUACUUGUGUGUUUGUCUACAGCUCAGUGCCAUCGUUGGCUACUGAAGCGCAGUCAAAAUUCAAGCGGGGAUCACCAGUUGACUACGCAAUGUAGUCGUCAUCUAUGUGUUUCCUCAUGUUCGUCCUUGCAGACGACUAUGACCACGGAUGUUCGGUGCCUUUUCACACCAGAACCUUCUUGGUUUGCGCCGACUCUGUACAUCAAUGUCUUGUGGCCUGUUUCCAAGAGUAUGCUGUUACAUUGACGACAUGAACCCGGCUUCAGACUUAUAAUUGUGCUUAACGGAGCAACGGAUGCAGACA